AUGUCCAAAUCUCAAAACAGCAUGCUCGUGAAAAGCUUCAACGCACUGGUGGUUACACACAGCAUUCUCGUUGAGGACGUGGACGUGGACGCGGAAGUUACGGUAAUCGUCGAACCACUUCCAAUGCACCCUAUCCAAGCUAUCAGAAUCAAGGAACUCAGAAUCAAGGAUAUCGCUAUCCUCCAAGAUCUCAAGGCAACUAUCAAGGACGAUCUUCUGGAGCCAGUUCUCAAACCCAAGGACGCUUUGGGCAACAAAACCAUCAAACAAAUCGACCUCCAAACAACCGAUCUCCAGGGAAUUUUCAAAACCGAAACCCUCAAAACCAUCAUUAUGCUGAAUUGCAUUACAAUCAAGACGGAAGUCAAGCCGAAGGCUCAGUUCCUGCUGGAACGUAUUACAACGAUCAGGAAGUGGAAUGCUUCGUUCCGGUUGGAACUGUCCCCGAAGUGGGCCAAGGCGGAAUGCCUUCUGCCCAAGAGCAGCAUGAUCAAUAUUUUGUGCAAGGCCAAUUCGUCCAACCUCGUGAAGACUCAUAUCCUCCAAAUGACUUGUAUCCUCCAACGGAUGAUCAAGGCUAUUAUCCAUACGAUGAUGCCUCUGAACAUUACCAUUACUACGAUGAAGCUCAUUGACCUUCACUCCAAAACAAUACUCGUUCACAAUCUAACCGUCUAA